AAAAAAGUUUCAUACAUGGAUAUCUAUGUAUUUUCAGGUAUGCAUGCUGGUGAAGUUAAGCCACCAGUAAACAGCUCUACACCGACGGUUUAUACACACGACGAUGACGGCGACGGCGAUGUUAUUCCAGUUUAUUGUUCCGUCCUUGGUUUAGUUGUUGUCGGUCUCCUUGGUUACGUUGUGAUAAAGCACUGGCGGAGGAUUCGCGCGAAAAGACGUCACAAAGCACCGUGCAGUCACGAGGACGUCGAAUAUUCCAAAGCUUCUGGUGGCGACAGCGGUAUUUUUGUGGAAAAUGAGUCGCCAAAAAAUUAUACAUAUUGUUUAACGUCACGUGUUAGAGACCUUCCGAUGUCUAAAAGAAAGGAACUGGAAAAGGUUUUGUCGUACCCACAGUCCGACAGCUGGAAAUCGCUAGCUAAAGAACUUGGUUAUAGCAAUAAACGAAUGACACAGUUUGAGUCUAAGAAGAAAAAUGACACUAACAGUGGUUUCAAUCAUAUGUUACACGAUUGGGAACGGAGGGACUUGGCCAUAGUCAGCCAUCUUAUUCAGUGUUUACGUAACAUAGGCCGCGAGGACGGUGCUAGGAUACUAUAUAUUGACUCCACGGAGGGGAGAACCAAAAUUAUGGCAAAACAACAACAAAAUCACGUGGUGUGAUAACAUAACUUGUCCAUAAUAGAGCGAUUCUGUUGAUGAAAUCAAUACGAAAUCCGUAGAUCUCUUUGUUACUGUAUUGCUAUACAUGUAUACUGGACGGCAACGGUGACUUCCGGAAGUUAUUUAUAGAAAGUGCGGGAAUCACCCAAAGGUCAGGACUUACCGCGGUGUUGGUGGACAUAGAGAUUGGAAAAUACUUUUAUAAGUGAUUGUGAUAGAUUUUAUAAAACGUAAAUGAAAGAACUGUUUCAUCAAAUGAAAUAAAGUUCUUUCAACUUCAACUGGUUGCAACUGAUGCCACAGUGCAAGAAAAAGACAGAAGUGGCGCUAGAUAUUUUAUGAAGAAUAUGUGUAAAUGAAAUCCAUAUAUUUAUCAUGAGAAAUGACUUAAUUUGAGGUCAUUUAUCAUUACUGUGUUAUUGCUCAUACUGUUUUUCAUAGGCAUUUUGACUUACAUGAAAAAUGACAAAAUGUUUUUGCAAAUAUCAACGCGUACUUGAUCGCGGUACUGUGUACUUUCGGUACUUUGUAAUCGGGGUACUGUGGAAUUGCAGUACUGUGUGAUCGCAUUACAAUGUGAUUGUGACACUGUGCGAUUGGUUUAGGCUACUGUGUGGUCGCUGUUUUGUGUGGGAGCGAUACUGUGUAAUCGCAAUACUGUGUACAUAGAACCGAGUAAUUAUUUCAUAUUUCGCUCGUACGUCUUUCAAAUAGGAAAACUAUUUAAUAUUAUGUGUUAAACUUACGGUUCUGUAGUUAUAAUUUGGCGACGUCACAACAUCCAAGGACAGACCGAUAGGGAGUGUUUUUGUGACGAAUUUAUUCACCUGAUUCUGGUGACAAAAACGAGUGAAUAAAACACAAAAGAGAAGACAAAGUAGCGUCACGUGUAAUUGACGUCCCAGAAGUUUCAGGUGUUGUGUGUGACAGUGAGCUUAGCCUCUAAGUAUUCAACAGUUCAACAGUUUAUACGUCAGAGAAAGAAGGCAUAGUCGUUUCAUGAAUGGCGUAUGCCUCUCAAAGACUUGCCUGAGAGAGUUACCUAUGUUUAUGAUGUACGGAAUUUUUAAGUUAAUUUUAAUACUUGGGAAUGGUCUUGAUUGUAUCAACAAUAUUACAGUAUUAGACCUCUCAAAAUAGGAAAAAGAAAUCAUAAGAAAAUCAUGAGAUAAGAUUUUCACGCAGCUUGUGUUCAUAAGGUAUUGAAAAUAAAUAAAUUUUGUUAAAUAUCACAUACUUUUAACACUGGUAUAAGGAAGAAAUCCAAAGUUCAUAAAUAAUACUCAAGUCUGAUAUGUAGUUUUUCUAAAACAUGCUAUGUAUAUUAUGAAUUUAAUACUAAGAUGUAAGUAUCUUAUUUUGUUUUUCAUUAUUUAAUAUCUGUGAUACGCCGCAGAUAAUGGGCUGUUAAUGUUGAAAUAUGUACCAAAUUAAAUAUAUGUCUCUUUUUUUUAUUUUGAGCAAAAGGGGGUUGCGAUGUUAUAAAAAUAAGUUUGUAUACGCGUUUCGAAAAGCUGCCUUGCGAUUGAUCAGUUUCAAGGGUGUGCUCCGAGACAGCCAAUCAGAUGCCAGUGUUUUGAGACUGGUUCAAACUCAGUUUCUAUAAUAUUUGACCAUGACAUAUGUUUGCAACGCCAUAUGUCGCUGACCUAUGUUUUACUGGAACAGUUACUGGUUGAGAAAAAAGUGAACUGUUACUUAAAGCUUAAACUUACCUGGUGGGGGAGAUUUUGAUUUUUUUAUCAUAUAACCUUAUUGUCCAGAGAAAAUAUUGAAAUUCGUAACACGUACUGUUGCUAAUUUAAGGCCUACUAAGAUGACCGCAAAACGUACAUGUAUUAUAACAUAUGUUUAUUAUUAAUGUUUGGGGAUUUACUACAUGUAGAGAUUGACUACAAGGGGGCAUACAUGUACUGAAAACGCUACCUAAAAUUAUGUUUUAAUAAUAUAUUUUUGUUAUUUUCAUUCUCAGUUUUAAUUAUGUUACUUCCGCAUACGAAAUUACUUUGACUUUUUAGGACUCGACAGUUUAUAUGUUGCAGAAGAUGUUUCAUUUAUCAUAGUACUUUUAGCAGAAUGAUUGUGAUUUCAUUAAGUUUCUAGUAUCCAUAGUUGUAAAUACAGCGGCCUUCUGUUCUCAUUUUCAGCAUGAAUGUUACAUUGUGAGUGAAUGCACGUUAGGCCAAAAAAAACAGGUGUUUUAUGUCUCAUUUCAAGUUAAAACCAGACCAGUUUUGCAUUUCGUUUACGUGUGUAUCGCAGAUUUUAGAUGAAAACAACAUAAAUGCAUCUACCAGUAAUUGCUUGGAAAAAUCAACGAACAAUAACCUUGUCAUUUAUCAAGGACUAAGAUAGGAUUUAAAUCCAAGGAUAAAUAAAAUUAACAGAUACUAGUAUGUUAGCACCGGGUGCUGUCGUGUUGAAAAAAGACCAUGAUGCUCAACAGCGCCUUUUUUUUUGGAAUUAAUCUUGCUCUUCCUCUUAGUGAUUCAUUUUGAGUGAGAAAAAGCCAUGAUACAUUUCCUCCCUUCAUUUUGUAAAUUUGAAUUAAACCCACAUACAUUUUUAUGCAAAUGGUGUAAUAUUUAGUAAAAAGGGGGAGGAGUAACUCAGACUAUUCAAUAAAUAAGUCUUCCAAGAUAAAUGAAAUUUAAGAAACAAGAAGAUAGGGAGCACGCUGUUUGACUUUUGUCAAGAGACGGUGAUGGUUUCGUUAUGGUCUGAAACUGGUUGGUAUCCCGAUCGGAAUGCGUAAAUACAGGUUUUAUUGGCCUAACUUUUUAUUUAUUUUAAUGCAAUAUAUGUACAUGUCAACAUUGUUAUGUAUUUUAUACAGCAUAAACUUGCCAUCUCUGUUUCAUUUAAAAUUCAAAAAGUGACAAAAGUGUUGCGUGGUUUCUUUCUUUAUUUACACAGUUGUAUCGCAUCUAGACAUUAGAACAACUUAGUUCAAACAUCGCUUCUGUUUUUUCUACAGGUCUGUUUGCGACAACAUAAACCAUUUCAUUUAAAUGUCGUUUUUUUUCUGUGUAAAUAUUGAAGUUUUUUGUGCUUUUGUAUAUUUUUUGUAAUAUAUUACACAAAACAUUAUUUCAAAAUUCCAAUUUAAAAAGUGGACCCUUGUUUAUUAGCUCGACUAUUCGAAGAAUAGUCUAGCUAUUCUACUCACCCUGGCGUCGGCGUCGGCGUCGGCGUCGGCGUCGGCGUCACACCUUGGUUAAGUUUUUGCAUGCAAGUACAUACAGCUAUCAUUUAAAGGCAUAUAGCUUUGAAACUUAUUUAUUCUUUUUCUAGGUCAAUUACCAACCUCACUGGGUCAAGUUCCAUAACUCUAACAUGUAUUUUGAGCAAAUUAUGCCCCCUUUUGGACUUAGAAAAUUCUGGUUAAAGUUUUACAUGCAAGUUACUAUCUCCAAAACUAAUGCAGAUAUUGAAUUGAAACUUCACAUGUGUCUUCGGGGUUAUAAAACUAGUUGAUAGCACCAAGUCCCAUAACUCUGACCUUCAUUUUGGCCAAAUUAUGCCCCCUUUUGGACUUAGAAAAUUCUGGUUAAAGUUUUGCGUGCAAGUACAUACAGCUAUUACUAAAAGGCAUAUAGAUUUGAAACUUAUUUUUUCUUUUUCUAGAUCAAUUACCUACCUCACUGGGUCAAGUCCCAUAACUCUGGCAUGUAUUUUGGCCAAAUUAUGCCCCCUUUUGGACUUAGAAAAUUCUGGUUAAAGUUUUGCGUGCAAGUACAUACAGCUAUUACUAAAAGGCAUAUAGAUUUGAAACUUAUUUUUUCUUUUUCUAGAUCAAUUACCUACCUCACUGGGUCAAGUCCCAUAACU